UGCCGGGCCUGGCUCCCCGGGGACUCGGAGGUGCACCGUGCCACGGACACGUGUGGCCACGCCGGCGCCUCUGACGUGCUAGGGACGGAUGCGGCUCGGCUGCCAGACCCCCUUUGUUGGGGCCAGGUAAUUAGCCUAAUGGGGCCCAGUCUCCCCCUCCUCCCCGCUGCUGACCUUCCGGCAGCUUUGUGUCAUGCGGGCCGGCGGAUUCCUUCGGAAGUUACAGGCUCAUUAGCGCCAGGCGACGCGGCCUGUCUCCAUCCCGCACGACCACCAGCCACUCGGCUCCGGCCGCCGCAUAAUGGGGAGCCACAAAUGAGGGAACGGGCCUCGCCCGUCUCCAAGCAACGGGGGACAAUGGGUGCGUGUCUCCCAGAGACUGGCCCGUCCUGCAGCCCCAGCCCCACUGCUGCCAGCACCGUUGUGCGGGGGCUGGGGAGGGCAGGGGAUGAGUUUCGGGGCAGCCUGGCCCUAUAAAAGCCUGGGCUGCCGGGGAGAGCGGCUCAGGGCGUCGCUGCUCCUCACCGGGUCAUGCCCAAGCUUCGCUCAGGUCCUCGCAGACACCUCGGACCCAUGGAGGUGCCCAACGCCAAGCUCCACAGGGCCUGCUGCCUCCUGGUCCUGGCCCUGCUCUGCUCUCUGGCUGCGGCCCGGCAGAGCGUGCCCACGUGCUGCCACCAGAAGACCUGCCCCUGCCGUGUCUACGACCUGCUGCAUGGCUUGGGCAACCACGCCGCCGGCAUCCUCACGCUGGGCAAGAGAAAGAGCGGCUCGCAGGCCUUCCAGAGCCAGCUGUACCGCCUGCUGCACGGCUCGGGCAAGCACGCCGCCGGCAUCCUCACCAUGGGCAAGCGGGCGGAGCUGGCGCCAGAGCAGCCAGCCUCGGCCUGCCGGGCCGUCUCUCCCCGCCCCUCCAGCACGGACGCCCUGCUGCCCCCAGCCACGUGUGCGGCCAACACCGCCCCCGCCAGCACCAGGGAGUGCCGGGGCCAGCUGGACAAGGACUCUGCCACGGGCCAGAGCGGGGCGGCUGCAAAGAGCUUUUCCUGAAGUGUCCGGGGGAGCAGCAGCCCGUGGGGGCAGGGGGGAUCCACGGGGA